AUGGGAUUUAUAUAUGAGGCUAUGGACAAGGCAAAAGAGCAAAUUGCUAAAAACUUAGAAGGUGAAGAGAAAUACUACAAGGAGAUUUGGGAGAUCAUUGAUGAAAAGUGGGAUUUUCAGUUAUAUCAACAUUUACAUGCCGCGGCAUACUACUUGAAUCCAAGGAUUCAAUACUCCGAUAAUCCUUCCAACUAUCCUAAGAUCAAGCUUGAGAAGGCCGACCUCCAACUAGAUGAAUUUCGACAGAAGAAAGGGUUUUUUGGCUUUCGUCAAGCUCAAGCAUCAUACAUGAAACGCGAUCCUAGUAAAAUGAUUGGUGGUCCCAAUUUGGAGAUGCCAGAGUUGGCUAGCUUUGCAGUUAGAGUUUUGAGUCUCACUUGUUCAUAUUCGGGGUGUGAACGCAAUUGGAGUACCCACAAUCAAGUUCAUACCAAGAGAAAAAAUCGCUUGCCUGCACAAAAGAUAAAUUCCUUGGUCUACAUUAUGUUCAACAAGAAGCUAAAAGAUCAACAUUUGAAAAAAAAAAAGGCACUUCAGCCAGAUGAGGAUCCUUUAAUCAUUGAUGAGUUGCCAUCUAAUGAUGAAUGGAUAGCUGGAAAUGAAAAUAAAGGUGAAAUUCAAAUGGAGGAAGCAAUUGACAAUCUUGACAUUGAUCUUUUCGAGGAUGGAGAAGGUACUAGUACUAGUACUAGAGCUCGAAAAGGCUCUAAAAAGAAGAGGACAUGCAAGGAGACCGUGCAAGAGGAUGAAGAAGAAGAGUGGAUAGACUGUGAUUCUGACACUGACAGUCAAGAAUUCAUGGACAAUGAGAGAUUUAAAUUGGCUGAUGCUUCUCUUAGUAGUGAUGAUGAUUGA